AUGAGUCGCGGUAUUGGGCAGUGGCUGUCUUGUGCCACCGCUCUCACCCUCGCCCACGCCUUUGGCUGGGACUCACGACGUACCAAGCAGCUCCUGUUCACCCUCUUUGUCGCACUCCAGUGGCUGCCAGGUCACUCGCAAGCCUGGCUCCUGAGUUGGGGCUGGACCGCCAUACAAAAGGGAUGGUUCCAUGUUGACCCCACCGAUUAUCUACACCGAGGAGACAGGCACCUAGGAUUGCGAGGCAAACUGGAUGUCUACCUCAGGUCACAAGGGGCCGACCCUGCGGCUUAUCCUCAUGCGUACCUGGUUACAGCUGCCAAAUUUCUGGGAUACCAUUUCAAUCCAGCUUCCUUCUGGUACCUCUACGCGGACGAUAUGUCGUUGGCUGCCUUGAUUAUAGAGGUCAACAACACCUUUGACGAGCGGCGAAUGUAUUUCCUGACACCAACAAAACCGGAACAGGCCGAUCAGAUCAAAAACUCGCACGAGGCUGUUCAUGCAGAUGACCAAAGAUCGAGCGCGCCUGCGGUGUUCAAGCAGGAGUGGCCAAAGGACUUCCACGUGUCACCGUUCAACUCACGAAAAGGCUCCUACAGCCUCCAAGCAUUUGAUCCUUUCAAGACCGUGGCUGGAUGUCGGGAAUCGAUCGAUAGCACUAUCACUUUGAAGUCGUCCAAAGGGCAUGGCAAGAUUGUUGCACGGCUUGUCUCAAAUGGCCAACCGAUUGAUCCUUCGACCAUGACCAUAGCACAGAAAUGGUACUUCCUGCUGUCGUGGUGGUGGGUGGGAUUUGUCACCUUCCCAAGGAUUGUGAGAGAAGCUGGUAGUCUCUGGUUCAAGAGGAAGCUACACGUGUGGUUUCGGCCGGAGCCCCUCAAGGAAAGCAUGGGACGCAAUGCGGAUGCCACCGAGCGAAACCUGGAACUCAUGUUCAGGAAAUACAUACGGAGCCUUGUUGAGCAGUGUCAAGUUCCAAUCGCUCUUAAGUAUGUCCCAUGCGGACUGGAUAACUCUGGCAAGGAGCUGAUGCUGUCUCCGGCCACCAAGGACGGACAAGAUGCUGAUGUUGAGGAAAUGGAGUUCAAAGUCUUGACGCCUGUUUUCUAUACAAGAUUCGUGUUCUACGCACACGACCUUGAGGCUCUCUUUUCCGAACUGCGCGAGAGCUGCACGAUCUGGGUCUCACGACCAGACCUGCUUCCGAAAAUCUUGUUCAAGAAGCCUACACCGGCGCUAGAAGCGAAGAACCCUAUGGACUUCGUCUACUACGAGGCCAUCCGAUAUCUUCGGCGACGCCCGGACACAAUUGUGCGACCGCUGACAUCGAGCCAAUCCCUGCAACAAUCUUCGCCGACUACUGCGGUAGAUAUCCGCGAUUUCAGGAUCUCCUCUAUGGAUGCUUUUAUAUUCAAGCAAGAGGACGCCGACUUGCGGAAGCGGUACAGCAGUCUCGUUCUCCGAUUGUUCGUGGCUCACAGGCUGGCCUUAGGGAGCCUCUUACUUGUCGACGCGGCUCUCAUUAUGUUGAGAACGUGGCUGGCCUGGACCGUGACAUUUGCGUGGGAGGGUAAGACACGCAUUUUUGGGUUCGCCGUCGCCCUGUGGAUAUGUGGGUAUGAAUAG